CCAAUCUUUCUAUGCAUUCAUGGCUAUUCUGAGAAACAAAAAGAGCAGCAGCGUCUAUACCUUCGUAUUUUCAUUAUUUCCCUUACUCUUCUGUAUUUCUCAUUCCACUUCCAUCCAUGAUGUUCUAGUUUCAAGGGGAUUACCAGCAGGGCUACUCCCAAUGGAAGUGAAAUCGUAUACACUAGCAGAAGAUGGAAGCCUAGAAGUAUUGUUGGAUGGACCAUGCUUGACCAAGUAUGAAAACAGGGUGUUGUUUGACAGCGUAGUGAGGGCUAACCUUACCUAUGGCAGCCUCAUUGGGGUGGUUGGGCUAACCCAAGAAGAACUAUUCCUUUGGUUACCUGUAAAAGAUAUCAUAGUAGAUGACCCUAAAUCUGGUCUCAUCUUGUUUGACAUUGGUGUUGCUCAUAAACAACUCUCCUUAUCUCUCUUUGAAGAACCUCCUCACUGUAAACCUCAAGGGAUGUUGAAGAAUCAAGGGAGAAAGGAGAAAGGAUUGGAGGCUGUGAGAUAGAAAAAAAAUUCCAAGCACAUAAUUAAUUAGGUUUUUCUUUUAAUUAGAGGUAUAAUACAAACAAUUUUAGUUUCUGUUUAAGAGUUGUAAAGAAGUGUUACUUUCAAUCUGGCUUCCAUUUUCUUUUGUUUUAAAUUUAUAUUAUUUUAUUAGUGUAAUAGUAAGAUAUAUUACACUUUAUAACAAAAAUACUGUUUAAA